UACCCAGGUGCCCCAAAUAUGUAUUUUUAAGAUGUUGUUGUGGUAACUGGAUAAUCAGAGUACUGAAGAGGCAUGUGAAUGAUCAGAAAUAUUUGCAUAUAUAUAUAUAUAUAUAAAAGAAUGAAAAUCAAGGAAAGAAUGGAAAUAGGAAAAUAGGAAACCCCAUUGAGAACCUACUGGGUGUAUCAGGCUUGGCACUUUCAGGCACAGGAUCUCAUUUAAUUUUCACCACACCUCGGAGGUGGGUGUGAGGCUCUCCCUGCGUUUGAAAGGAGAGUGCUGAAGUCUGUAACUUCUCCAAGGUCACACAGCUAGUAGAGUAAGCAGUGGCCAGGCGAGAUAACAUUAACUGGACUUAGAAGGAAGCAAUGAGGAUAAAUACUCAGGGAUUGUAGACAGUGUUUUUAAUGUGGCUGGGCCGGUUCCGGGCUCAAGGACACGGAGAGUCACUUUUCCUUGACUUCUUUCCUUGUACCAGCUCUAAUGGAAGAGGAAAACCAGACUGGAGGGGUCUACUUCCACUUUCAGCCCUUCUCAACAGACCCAGCGGUGGUUCCCCUCAUAUUUGUGGCCCUCUUGCUUUUGUACUUAGGAAGUCUUGUUGGGAACAUGAGCAUUGGGCUCACCAUCUGUGAGAUCCCUCUCCAUACCCCGAUGGACUUCCUCUUUGUCCUGGCCAUGCUGGAGGUUGGUUACUCUACCAACAUCGCUCCCCUGACUCUGGCUAGCAUCUUUUCCAUGGGGCAGAUGCUUAUCUCUCUCCCUACCUGUGGGGCCCAGAUGCUCUUCUUCAUCCUUCUUGGAGGGUCUGACGGUGUCUUGCUUGCCGUCAUGGCCUACGACAGCUAUGCAGCCACCUGUCCUCCACUGCAUUACAGCCUCAUCAUGAGUCAGCAGCUCUGUGGGCAGAUGACGUCAGGUUCUUUGGGGCUGGGAUUCCUGUUGUCGCUGCCUUUGACCAUUCUGAUCUGCCACCUUCCAUUCUGCGGCCCCAACGAAAUCUACCACUUCUUCUGUGACAUGCCUGCAGUCACGCGCUUGGCCUGUGCAGACAUGCAUGUGCACAAGACUGCUCUCUAUGUCCUCGGUGUGGCCGCCGUGGCAAUCCCCUUCCUCCUUAUCUGUCUUUCCUAUGGCUGCAUCGUGGCCGCCAUCCUGAGGAUGAAUUCAGCUGAGGGCAAGCGCCGGGCUUUCUCCACCUGUUCCUCCCACCUCAUCAUGGUUCUCCUGCAGUAUGGGAGUUGCACCCUUAUCUACCUUCGCCCCAGCUCCAGCUACUCUCCAGAAGAGGGCUGGGCAGUGUCUGUUGUCUACACCUUUUUUUCACCAGUGCUAAACCCCUUGAUCUAUAGCAUAAGGAAUCAAGAGGUGACUGAGGCAGUAAGGAGACUUAUGGCAAGAACGUUCAGGAAACCUUCCUAGAAUAAACACUCCCAAACCAGGAGUAGGGGCAUGAUCUGAAGGACAGGAAGCUCCAAAGCAAACAGGAAGGAGUGGAGAGAUAACUGUCUCCAUGGCUGCCUCAGCCUGUGAAAUGCUCAUCAGUGUGAAUUCCUCUGCUUUUUAGUGGAUUCCGCUGAGGAAGCCCUGGAUUGGCCCUGCCCACUUAGCCAGCCUCCUCUCUCACCAUACGGCUUAGAAUAAGGACUGGACAGGAGUGUCAGUGAGGAAAAGGACACAUAGAGACACAGUAGCCAUUGAUACAACGGAUGCUGUCCUGUUACCUGUUUUAAGAGCCUACAUCCCUGAUGGUACGCAGGCCCAAUGGAUUCACUUACUCGAAUGCCUUUUGACCUUUCUCUUUGCCUGCUCAAGACCCAUCUCCUUAAUAAAGUCUGUCUGGCCACUUCUCUGACAGCGAUCUUUCCCUUUUCACUAAAUCACACUUCUUUUUAUGUAACUAAGUUUCAUGUGUUUUGGCAUUGCCUUUAUAAGUCUACAAGGCCCCUCAGGUAGAAGAAAUGGCUUAUUCUUUCUUCGUGUUUUCUGGUAAGUGCUGGGUACUUAGCCUUAAGGUUCAGCCACAAACUUGAGUCCUAACCUUGCCUCUACAUAAAAGAGAGGAUGGUGAUAACAACAGUCUUCCUACCUUAAGGGGGUUGGAUGGACGGUCCAGUGGGAAUAUGGAUGUGUGAAAAUAUAAUAGGAAAAUACAGAAGAAGCCACGAUCGUUAUUUAUUUAUUUAAGUCCUCUGUCACUUGUUCUUGAAGGGCUUUUACUAAAUUGUCCAAGUUCUGCCUUCCUGCUGGUCCAAUCAGCCCUUCCCAAAGCAGUAGGGUCAGCGGCUUCUCAUUGCAGCAGAUGGGUCCAUCACAGGGGAACCCCAAGCUAUCGUAGGCAAUGAGCAGGGCUGUUAGGGACAUUGGUGGUGGAGACUAGAUGGAGGAUUGAGAGUAGGGAAAGGUAUUUCCAAGACCUCUUCCUUGAUCAGAGAAAAAGAAAGAAUCCCAUUCUCUCUUGAUGUUUCAAGUGCACUUGGUGAUUAAAACCAGACCCUUCCAUAUCUGAUUGUGUUACAUGUGAGAAAGAGGGGGAAUAUGGAAUCCUGAUGGCAAGAAUUCCUGGGGCAUCCAAGUAUUUUUAGCUGUGCUUGUGUGAAGACUCAACAGAUAUUUAUUGACAGCAAUGGUGUUUGUUGGAAUUAAUAUAUUACUUCUCUACUUUUAAUUUAUUGUUUCCAAUAGCUUCCACAAAAUGUGUGAAGCAGCUUAAAAAUGCUUCGAUACAAAUGUUAAAAACACAUAGGCAAGAAGAUGGGGGUAAAGGAAAAAUUUAGGUGGGAUUAUAGAGAAUAUAGUAGUAAAAUUCUAUGCAGAAAUCCAAACCAUGUGCUCUCUGCAGUCUAUAUAAUGGUCUCCUACAGGUAUCUGAGAUUUCUAGUGUCUGAGGAAAAGAAUAAAAUACAACUCAGUUGGAGAAUUCGGAGUUCAUAUA